ACAGUUAAUCCACUCACAUCCUACGCCUACCACUUGAAUCUUUUCUUUCCAAAUCCAAAUCCAAACCCCAAUUCCAUAUUGAAGCAAUUUUGUUGGAUGGAUAAGGAAGGAAAAAAGGGAACCAAAAAUGGCAACCUCGCCAACCUCCCACAACAGAGAGGCAACAAUCGGAUCAAAGGCAAAAUGCUUGAUGAUUUUAAAGAAACUUUCAUCAAUUUGAUGGGCUCCAAAAAGAGUGCCGAUUGUGGAGAUCAAAUUGAUCAAGGAAGAAACCAAAUGGCAAAUGGCUCUUGAUCUUACAUUUGCACUAGUGUAGUUUUUCACUAGCUUUUUUUUUUUUCAUAUGAAAGCUGUUGGAUUUGUAAUUUUGCUUGCUAUUGUUGUAUCAAUGUAGAAUUUUGUAAAAUGAGUGUGAAUUUACAUUUUGUUGAUACCUUUUUCUCUUGAAAAUCAACCCUUUAAACAAUGGCUAGAAAGAGAAUGAUUUGUUCAAGAAAUCAAGAGUGUUAUUGAUUUUUUCCAAUAUCCCACUUCCAACAAAAACAUAAAAAUCGCGUUGAUUGCGAGGGACUCCUAAUCCAAAAAGCGUGUUAUUUGAAGAAAGAAACACUAGUACUACAUAAUUCAACGAAAAAAAUUAAUUUUUUAAAGAAAAAACAGAGGAUCACGAAAAAGGAGUAUGAGGUUCCGAUUCAAACAGCCAGUGCCACUGUCUCUGCUCCGGCCGCCGCUGCCGGCGUCGGCUUUUCGUUCACUGUCACAACACUCAUCAUUUGGGAUUGCAUUUGAUAUAGAUGGGGUGAUACUUCGCGGUGCAAAUCCAAUUGGGAAUUCACAAAGAGCGCUCAGAAGAUUGUACAAUGAUUCCGUUGCAGGUUCAUUGAAGAUUCCAUUUUUGUUCCUGACAAAUGCAUACUCUCUUUGUGAUACUCGGAGAUUCAUGCUUAUUUUGAUUCUGGGGCAUGUCGAACUUUCAUGUUGCUGUUUUGUGAAAAGUCAUCUGUGUGGUGGUAUUCCAGAGUCGAGAAGAGCCCUUGAGUUGAGCGAUAUUCUUGGCGUGAAAAUAUUACCUUCUCAGGUAGUGCAGGGUCACUCACCCUUCAAGACUUUGCUAAAAAGAUAUGAAAAUGAAUUCAUUGUCGCCACUGGAAAAGGGGAACCUGAUGUUGUGAUGUCGGAAUAUGGCUUCAAGAGAGUUGUCUCAUUAGAUGAGUAUGCGUCAUACUUCAGUAACAUCGAUCCUGUGGCCCAGUACAAGCGGUGGACAACUAGACAAGAAUCAAAAUGCUCAAAAAACUCAGACAAGAUAAUCCAUCAAGGUUACUCUAAAAAAGUUAAAGCUGUGUUCGUUGUAAGUGAUCCUGUCGACUGGGGAAGGGAUAUACAGGUUCUUUGCGAUAUCUUGACAUCUGGAGGCAUUCCUGGCGAAAAGAGUUGGCAUCAACCGCCUUUAUAUUUUGCUGCCGAUGAUCUCCAAUACCAGGCUGCGUUUCCCUCAGAACGUCUUGGCAUGGGUGCCUUCAGGAUAGCCCUUGAGAGUGUCUUCAACAGAAUUCAUGAGAAACCCUUAGAGUUGACGUGCUUCGGGAAGCCAAAUCCGUUGGUCUUCAGAAACGCUGAAACUAUAUUAGGGCAUCUUCUACAAAGUGAUGUCAGAAGAGGAAAUGGUGAUCCUGGUCCUGGUUCGCCGUCAUUCAAAACCCUAUACAUGAUUGGUGACAAUCCGUUGGUUGACAUCAAAGGAGCUCAACAGGCAGGGCAUCCGUGGUUUUCAAUUUUGACAAGAAGUGGCGUGUUUCGACAAAGGGAGAACCACACGCAGUAUCCAGCUGAUUUGGUUGUGGACACAGUGGAAGACGCGGUGGCGUUUAUACUCAAACGGGAGGACGCUUCGUAGCCAAUGCAACAUCAUUCAAGUUAGCUCCUGCCUGCUUCAUCUACUUUUACUACUUCAUGUAAACAUGUAGAAUUUUUUGAUUCAUUGUCAUUUGUCAACAACAGAGUUCUCACCACUUUAAUCGCCAUGAUUCUUCUUCUUUUUUUCUUCUAUUCGGCCACACUAUCAUGUAAGAAUGUUUUCUACUGUUUACCCUUUCUCCCAUAGUUGUCUACCACUGCUACAUCAAAACAAAGUGUUUGAAAAGAUGGGAAAGAAUUAAAGUUGCA